UCAUAUUCGUGCCGCAUUUCUUCGCGAGUUGCAGACAUGGCGGUCGACCUAUACAACAUCAACGGCAGCCCACCGUGCGGUGCAGUGCGGAUGCUGGCCAAGAUCCUGGGGUUGUCCGUCAACGUAAAAGAUCUCGACCUGUUUGGCGGCGAGCACCGCAAGCCGGAUUACGUCAAGUUGAAUCCGUUCAGCAGAGUUCCUACCCUAGUCGACGAUGGAUUUGUCCUCUACGAAAGCAAUGCGAUCCUGUACUACCUGAUAAACAAGUAUCAACCAGACAGCGAGCUGUACCCGAAGUGUCCAAAGGCCCGCGCGAACGUCGACAAGAUCUUGGCCGCCAUCACUAGCACCAUUCAGCCGCACUACUUUGCCUUUUUUAGACCCCGUUUCUUCGACCUGAAGAAACCGACGGAAGAAGAUAUCGCUAAACUGGAAGACAACGUCCUCCGUGGGCUGGGACAUCUCGCUGGCGACGGAAAGUACGCUGUGGGGAAUUCCCUCACCCUGGCCGACAUCUCCUUGGUAGCUCACCUGACACUCCCAUUCGAGCUGAAAUUUGCUGGUCCCGAGAAGUUUCCUAAGCUGGUGUCCUACUACAACACGAUCAAGGAAGAACUGCCUGGCUUCGAAGAAAUAAACCGUCCUGGAUUCGAAGGACUCACAAGGCGCAUCGCGCAGCUCGCAUCGGCUCUAGGGGUGACGCCUGCUGUGGCCACUGUGAACAACCCGAAACAAUCGAACACAUCCUGUGAGACGGCCGAGCAUACAAUUCUGCGCCCGAAGAACAUCUCCCUCGCUCCCACCUCGGGCACGCUUGCGGACAUCCUCUACCCCGCUGGUUCUUCUGCCAAAGCAAGAAACCUCAUUCUCUUUCUGCAGAAGGAUAAGGACACAGAUAUGACGAUCGAUUUGUAUAAUACCAGCGGCAGUCCGCCUUGCCGUACAGUACGUAUGGUGGCGAAAGUUCUCGGUGUUCCCCUGAACGUCAAAGACCUCGAUCUGGUCGGACAAGCGAAUCACAAGCCGGAGUUUGUGAAGCUGAACCCUUUCAAGAAGAUCCCUACCCUUGUCGACGACGGAUUUGCAGUAUACGAGAGUAAUGCUAUACUGUACUACUUGAUCAACAAGUAUGCACCGGACACACCGCUUUACCCGAAGUGCCCAAAAGCCCGCGCCAAGGUGGAUAUCAUUUUAGCGACGAUUACGAGUAACAUACAGCCACACUACUUCGACUUUUUUAGGCAACGUUUCUUCGAGCUAAGAAAGCCCACACCGGAAGAGUUGGUGGAACUGGAAGAAAAUGUGCUACGUGGAUUUGAGCAUCUCGUGGGAGACGGAAAAUACGCGGUCGGUGAUUCGCUUACCGUGGCUGAUGUUGCCCUGGUUGUCUACUUGUCCACGCCACUAGAGCUGAAGUUUGCCAGCCCUGAAAAGUUCCCCAAGUUGGCAAGCUACUACAACAGAAUCAAACAGGAACUGCCCGGCUACGAAGAAAUCAACCGUCCUGGAUUAGAACUCAUGCUAAAGCGGAUUGAGCAACUUGCAUGAAUGAAUACAGCUGUUAUCCCAAGCUGAAAUAUAAAAAAAAUAAAAGUUGUCUUUCCUAA